UGAAGAACAGAAGAAAUGAUUCUUAGGUGUUGCGUGUGAAAUUAUUAAACAUAACGGCACAAGCACACAAGCCAACAGGUCGGAGCACGUGAGAGAGUCCAUCAAGUUCAGUGUGUUAGUCCACCACGGAGGUCAAUGGAGCAAAGUGUAUUACAGUUUUGUGGAGGAUCUCAAAUACUCGACGUUGACCUGCUGUUGAACAACACGUGGCCAGAGUUCCCACCAUGCUUCCAUCACACAGUGCUGGUGUGGGUGCCGUGUGGCUGGCUGUGGCUGACUCUCCCUGUAUUCCUGGUCCACCUCCACAGACGACAGCCCUGCCCCCAGAAGAUGUCGACUCUCACCCUCACAAAAAUAAUUGUUAGCGCUCUUCUGGCGCUAAUGGCAUUUGUUGAUUUCGCCAUAGCGGCUUCGAUCUUUAGGUCUACCUCAUCCCCAGCUUCCUACCACGCCCACAUCCUGAAGAUGCUGUCUUUUAUGCUGUGCAUGUACCUUACUCUACAAUCACGGAGGAAGGGACUGACCAGUUCCUGUAUCUUGUUCAUCUUCUGGUUUCUCAUUGUUUUCUGCAACAUCGUCCCCUUCUACACUUACAUCAUUCAGUGGGCAAAGCAUCCCGUUGCCAAACUGAUGCUGUUCUUCACCAGUUUUGCUAUCCUCUUCUGCCAGUUUGUUCUUCACCUGUUCGCCGACAGGCUCCCUGUUCGCAAGAAGAAAGGAAAAAGGGAACCUUGUCCAGAGACAACAGCAGCCUUCCUCAGCAAGAUCACCUUUCACUGGAUAACAGGGAUGAUCUGGAGGGGCUGGAGACAUCCAAUCACAGACAGCGAUCUGUGGGACCUACCUCCAUAUCUAAAGAGUCAGGUCACAGUCCCUCCAUUUGACGUACUGUGGCAACGAGAAAUCAACAAACUCAUUUCGAAGACCGAACUUGCAGACCCAGAAGAACUGAAGAAACUUAGCUGGGCUGGCGCUGACACAGAUCUGGACACACGCCCUGGUGUGAAGAUCCGGAACAAGAAGACAGAACCUGCCGACACAUCUGAGAAGGAGGUUCUCCUGGAACUCAAGAAACUUAGAGGGGCUGGCGCUACCACAGAUCUUGACACACAUCCUGGUGUGAAGUCUCGGAGUAAGGAGACAGAACCUGCUGAUUCAACCGGGGAAGUUCUCCUGGAACUGGAGAAGCCGGCUGCCACUGACAUUAGCCCGGACACUGGUGUGGAGAUCCGUAGCAAGAAGACCUCCUCCUGGACAGGUCAUGCAAACAAGUGGACGUUGAUCAAAGUUUUAUUCAGGACGUACGGAAGUGAACUACUGGUGUCUCAUCUGCUGAGAUUCUGUGCUGACCUGGUGCAGUUCCUCUUCCCGUUGUUGCUCAAGAGACUUAUCUGGUACGUGGAGCACCGGAAGAGCGAGACAGACUGGAAGGGCUAUGCAAUCGUGGCAUCUUUCUUCAUCGUUUCCAUGUUCCAAUCCAUUUUACUGUCUCAGUGCGUCUUUGUGGCAUUCAACAUCGGCCUCAAGAUCAAGACUGCUCUAGUCACUGCCGUGUAUAGGAAGGCUCUGACUAUGAACAAUGAAUGCAGGAGACAGUACACGACCGGAGCUAUUGUCAACAUGAUGUCCGUAGACUGUGCGCGUGUUUGUGAGGUCACCGGCAAUUUGUGGGUGCUGUGGUCAGCGCCGUUCAUGCUCAGCCUUGGCCUCUACUUCCUGUACCAGACAAUCGGGGUCGCCAUCUUUGCCGGCAUAGCCGUCAUGCUAGUUCUGGCGCCAAUUAACUUCAAGCUGUCUACACACCUGAGGAAGCUCCAUAAUAAACGCCUAUCCAUCAAGGACCAGCGGUUGAAAUUCAUGAAUGAAGUUCUAACCGGGAUAAAGGUUUUAAAGCUGUACGCCUGGGAGAGGUCGUUCCGGGACAAGAUCACCGUCAUCCGCAACAUGGAGGUCCGCAUUCUGCAGAAACUGGCCAUUUUGAACUCAUUCAACACCUUCUGCUUCCAGGGGGGCCCCGACUCUGGUCAGUCUUCUUCGUACAUUGUUGGGGCCGGGGCGGUGACCUUGACCAGCUUUGUGACCUAUGUAAUGCUGUCUGACAACCACUACCUGGAUUCUGAAACAGCCUUUGUGUCACUCAGUCUCUUCACCCUCAUCAGACAACCCAUGAACUCUCUGCCUAACUGUGUAUCUAUGGUAGUCCAGGCCUUCGUGUCCAUCAAGCGACUGUCUAACUACCUGACGGGAGAAGACCUUGACCCGAACAGCGUCACGCCUGAUACAGAGGCAGGUGUGACUCUAAGUAUCCGGAAUGGGAGUUUCACCUGGAACAGAUCCCUGCAAGUCCCGACUCUUAACAACAUUAACGUGGAUGUUCGGAGAGGGCAGCUGGUUGCAGUGGUGGGGUCGGUGGGCGCGGGGAAGUCACUGCUGACAGUUGUGCAGAUGAAGUGGGGCUCUGUUGCCUAUGUUCCACAACAAGCCUGGAUCCAGCACAUGACACUCCGAGGGAACCUGCUGUUUGGUCGGCGAUAUAAGGAGAAACAGUAUUGGAACGUUAUCAGUGCAUGUGCCCUUGAACCCGACCUUGACCUCCUUCCUGGUGGGGAUGACACAGAGAUCGGAGAAAAGGGCAUCAACCUGAGUGGAGGACAGAAGCAGAGAGUGUCUCUUGCCCGAGCUGUAUACAGUAACAAGGACAUAUAUCUGUUGGAUGAUCCCCUCAGCGCUGUGGACUCCCAUGUUGGCAAACACAUCUUCAGUCAAGUUAUAGGACACCAGGGGAUACUGAAGAACAAGACUCGAAUACUUGUGACUCAUGGCGUGCACUGGCUGCCUAUGGUGGAUGUUAUAGUAGUCAUGGAUAAAGGGGAGAUUACCGAAGUGGGAUCGUAUGAAGAGCUUCUUGGUCACGAUGGACCCUUUGCACAAUUCCUGAAAACCUACUUGUUACAGGAGACAGAUGCGCAAGAUGAUGAAAAAUUGGACCAAAUAAAGACUGGCAUGUUGGAGAGAGUUGAAUCACUAGCUUCCAUACCACAGUUGUCUCCCCUGAGUAAAUCUCCUGUCCACCUCACGUCUGAGCUGUCACAGUCCACUAGAUCAAUCAGCACAGAUAUCAACAGACUCUCUGGAUCAUCGAGCCAUCUGAAUAAGGCUGUCAUCGAUGCCACACUGGACACGUUCGAACACAAGCAGAUCGACGGACAGGCCCCUGUUACAAACCUGAAGUGUUCCCAGCACUCCACGGUCAUGGCGGUGAGAGAUUGUCUUGUGGACAAAGAAGACAACGAGGACGAUGAUAGCGAGGACAGAGGCACCGAGGACGAGGACGAAGAUUCCGAGGACAUGGAUGAAGACCCUCGGUCAGCAGAGGAACAUCGUCUGGUUCAGGAUGAGAAGUCCGAGCAGGGCAGGGUGCAGUGUUCCGUGAUCAGGACGUAUUUCCGGGCGCUAGGAGUGACGGGUGGGCUGAUCAUCAUUGUGUGCUUCUUGCUGUUUCGGGCGACCGGGGUUUUCAGCAACGUCUGGCUGAGCAUCUGGACAGACGAACCCAGACUGAAGAACCUGACCCUCUGGGCCAACACGAGCGAUGUGACAUCAUUGUCCUAUUAUUACUUGUCAGUGUACAGCGCAGCAACCUUCUCCCAGGCCGUCCUAAUAUUCUUCUUUGUGGCUGCGACCUUCACGCAGAUGGUCCGCGCUGCUGCCACUCUCCAUGAGAACCUGCUGGACAACGUUCUCAGGCAACCAAUGGCAUUCUUCGAAACAACACCUACGGGGCGAAUCAUGAACCGGUUUACACGUGAUGUUGGAACUAUUGACAGCCAGAUGGCGCGGAUCUUGAGGCAAUGGCUGAACAAUGUGUCCAGGCUCAUCACCAUCAUAGCGAUCAUCUCCUACAGCACGCCGUUGUUUCUCACCGUGGUGGUCCCAAUACUGGUCCUGUACGUUGUAAUACAGAGAAUGUACAUCCCUACAUCCCGCCAGCUCCGACGGAAUGACUCCACGUCAAGAUCCCCGAUCUUCCAACACUUUUCCGAGACAAUUAGUGGUGCCACCUCGAUACGAGCAUAUGGUAUGGGCAAACGGUUCAUAGGACAAUUCCUAAGGCGCGUUAACAAGAACAAUGUCUUCCACUACGCUGCGGUGUCUGCCAACAGGUGGUUGAAACUGCGACUAGAAUUCCUAGGCAAUGUGGUCAUUCUGAGCGCCGUCUUUUUUGCUGUGGUGACCCCGGGGAUGUCAGGUGGGAUGGUGGGGCUGUCUGUGAUGUACGCUGUACAGGUGACGGCAGCGCUCAACAUGCUGGUUCAAGUGACGACACAGCUGGAGACAAACAUCGUGUCCGUGGAGAGAAUCGUGGAGUACACAAACCUCCCGACAGAGGGAGCUUGGAUAGUUACUGAUCAUCGUCCACCCCCGGAGUGGCCGGAGGAGGGGCAGGUAGAACUGGACAAACUGCAAGUGAGGUACCGCCCAGAACUAGACGUGGUCCUGAAAGGAAUAUCGGCUCGUAUCACAUCAGGACAGAAGGUUGGUGUCGUUGGCAGGACAGGGGCAGGUAAGUCGUCCUUGACCUUAGCCCUGUUCCGCAUCUUGGAAGCUGAAGAAGGGAGUAUCUCCAUCGACGGACAGGACAUCGCCGACGUUGGUCUGCAUGACCUCCGUUCUAGACUCACCAUCUUACCACAAGAACCUGUGCUGUUUUCUGGAUCCCUGCGGAUGAACCUGGACCCAUCUGAUGCCCACUCUGAUGAUGAAGUAUGGCAAGCCCUGGAGCAGGCCCAUCUCAAGGCAUACGUAACCUCCCUCUCUGCCGGCCUACAGCAUGAGUGUGAAGAAGGGGGGCAGAAUCUAAGUGUAGGACAGCGUCAGUUGGUCUGUCUUGCUCGGAGUCUGCUGAGGAGGACGAAGGUGCUGAUCCUGGAUGAAGCCACGGCAGCUGUUGACAUGGAGACGGAUGACCUCAUCCAGAGCACCAUCAGAACCGCCUUCAGUGACUGUACAGUCAUCACAAUAGCUCACAGGCUGAACACUAUCCUGGACUAUGACAGGAUCCUGGUUUUGUCUGCAGGGCAGAUCCUGGAGUUUGAGUCUCCUGACAAGCUCCUUGAGGACAAGGGUAGUGUCUUUUACAACCUGGCAAGGGACGCUGGCAUUGUCAGUUGAUGACACCACCAGAGAAUAAAGACAUUAUCAAAUAUAUGACCCCACUAGGGAAUAUAGAUAUUACCAUGUAUGAUGACCUCAACUAGGGAAUAUAGAUAUUACCAUGUAUGAUGACCUCAACUAGGGAAUAUAGAUAUUACCAUGUAUGAUGACUCCAACUAGGGAAUAUAGAUAUUACCAUAUGUGACCCCACUAGGGAAUAUAGAUAUCACAAUAUAUGUGACCACACUAGGGAACAUAGAUAUUACCUUAUAUGAUGAACCUAUUAAGGAAUAUACAUAUUAUCACAUAUGGUAACACCACUAGGGAAUACAGAUAUUAUCACAUAUGAUAACCCCACUAGGGACUAGAUAUUACCAUAUAUGAUGACCCUUCUAAGGAAUAUAGAAAAUACCAUAUAUAUAUGAUGACAAGAUAAGACUUGUGUUCAAUAGAUGGCCACGGUCCAGUAGUGGAAUGUGGGCAUUAUCGCAUAUGAAGAUACUACAAGGGAAUAUAGACAUUAUUAUAUGUGGAGACACCGCAAGUGAAUGUGGACAAUAUCGCAUAUGGAGACACCACAAGAGAAUAUGGACAUUGUCGAAUAUGUACACCCCUGGGGAAGACACCGCAAGGGAAUUUUGGACAUUAUCAUAUAUAUAUAGACACAACAAUUGGAUGUAGACAGUAUCUUAUAUGGACACACCACAAGGGAAUACUGACAUUAUUCUAUAUGGAGACGCCAAAAGGCAAAAUGGUCAUUAUCGAAUAUGGACACUUCACAAGGGCAUAGAUAUUAUCGUAUAUGGAGAAACCACCAGGGAAUAUAGAUGUUAUCUUAGAUGGUGACAACACUUGGAAAUAUAGAUAUAUAUACAGGACUCUUCAUGUGUUUAGUAACAUAUCAAAUAUUUCAAGUCACAAUAUCACUAGACAAAUGAUAUAUAACAUUUAUUAUGUACUUCCUGUUUUCGUUUAAUUACAUUCAAACAAUAUUAAUCUGAGAAAAUUCAAAAUCUUUUGGAAAAUAAAAUAAUGAUCGAGAACAACAAAAGUGUAACAAGAAAUAAAUUAAAUAAAUGUAAACGAUGACAUUCUAACCUUGUUUGACGUCAGAGAUACAAAUAAACAAUGUUGAUCGCACUACUUUC